AUUAUUAUUAUUAUUAUUAUUAUUAUUAUUAUUAUUAUUAUUAUUAAGCUUAGAUAAUGGUAAUUAUUCAUCCGUACCUACAUUUUAACAUUGUCUCACAGCAGCUGGGUGUCUGGACUGCGGCCUAUAACUGCCUAUAAAACAGGAUCAAUUUUUGAUUUCCAUUCAAACAAAAGAAAAAGUGGAAUCUCUGCUCUAUUCCCUGCUCUAACCAGAGUGUCAGAGUUGCAAGAAAGCAUGAACACUCUGCAUGCUGAGGCCAACUCAGACGCACACAGGCACUGUGGCCUGUAAUACAUCCUAACCCAGGAAUCAACAAAUCAUAAAUCAGUAGAUUUCUACCCGGUGUGGCUAACAGAGAUCAGGUUUAACAUUCCACGACUGCAGCUGAGGAGAAAGCAGAGAAAAGCUUAGAAAGGAGGGCGCCAUGUCCAUAGCACUGGAAAGAAGGACGGAAAAAAAGAUGAUUAAAAAAAUCUUUUAUAAAGUUGUGUGAAAUAUUAGUAUAGUAAAUAUGUUUUCCUGUACAAGUCAUGGAAGAGAUUGGUUUAUUGCUCAUGCACGAACUGAUUCUCUGGUACGUUAAAACACUUUAGGGUGUUUUUUAUUUAUUUAUUUAUUUAUUUAUUUAUUUAUUUAUUUAUUUAUUUAUUUAUUUAUUUUUACUAAGAAAGAUACAUCAUGAAAAAGUUAUGAAUACCGUGUGCAGCUGAUGAGGAGAAUGUUGUAAUAAUUCUUAAAAAGGGAACAAAAAGGAAGAUCCUGCAUAAGUAACUUGCUCACUUACACAUUUAUGUUACUUCAAUAGUUUUCGAAACAUUCCUUUAUUAUUAUUAUUAUUAUUAUUAUUAUUAUUAGAUGCACGUUAUAAUAAAGCUACAGUUCUAGUCGUAUUUCGAUUACGUAAUCUCUUCGUGAUUAUUGUGAUUAUUCCGGUUAGAACCAUAAUAAUAAUAAUAAUAAUAAUAAUAAUAAUAAUAAUAAUACAUAGGGAAGUAGACUGCAGCGUGUGGUCUUUAGUCUGCGUGUAUAUAAAGUAUUGUUGAGUAUUUUUGUUUCGUCUUGCCUCUCUAAAGGUCAGUUAACAGGUCAGACUGGUGGAACUCAUUCCACGGUGUCAGUGUGGGAAGAUGAGGACACGUGUGGAAGGAAUUUGUAGUUUUAUAAUGACCCAAUAUGACCCGUUUGAAAGUACCAUUAGUUUUUCACUCUGCUCUUCUCCCAGUCCUCCCAAUAAGUGCAAUAAAUUAUAUUUGCAGUAGGUGGCGCUCUUAAUUCACCCCAGCACCUCUUUUAGCCGAAAAAAAGGAUGCGCGAAGAGGGAGAAGAGGAGCGGCAGCUUUCCCCCGCCCAAGCCUUUAUCAUUAGAAACCUCAGAGCCUGAAUUACCUCUGCAAAGUCAUCUGCGAGAAUUUACGAGUGGUCUGCAAAAUCACGUGACCACACCCCCUCCUUCCUUGUUUCUUUCUCUGUCUCCUCCCUCACCUCACCCCUCACCUCCCCCAUGACACACACACAUACACGCAUACACACAUUUAGAUCCAAGAGGCACACACAAUCGCCACCCCACCCCCAUAUUUGGACGGCGCAUAGCUAAAAACGAAGUACAGUGCAACGCCAUAAUUCACUAAUACAUCAUAAAUCGUUGAAAGUACCCGCGUUAUAACGACCUAGAGAAAUCUAACAAAUCAAGCCCCCCUCCUCCCGACUACUCAGUUGUUAGCCUGUACUCUGUAAAACAACUAAAUGAGUUCUUACUUUGUAAACUCGUUCUCAGGGCGCUACCCGAAUGGCCCCGACUAUCAGCUGCUAAAUUAUGGAGCCAGCAACGGCGCAAUGAACAGCGGGACGUACAGGGACUCCUCCUCUGCCACAAUGCACCAUGCGACUGGCUCUUAUGGCUACAGCUACAAUGGCAUGGAUCUGACCGUAACCAGCCGAGGAGGGGGGGGCAGCAGAGCCGCAAACACCGGAGGACACUUCGGUGGAGGCUCGGCGGUCGAGGACUCCAGGGGCUUCGGCUUCAGACAGCCGGUCAGUUGCUCGCUUGCUCCCCCGGGAAAUUCUCUCUUGGCAGGCGGUCGUGAGAACAGCAAACUGGGCACACAGAGAUCGUCUCCCCCCUCAGAGCAACCAGGAAGCAGCAACCUCAGCUCUCCAAACCUGUGUUCACCCACGAUGGCCGGCGGCGCGGCGCGGCGCUUCACAGAGAUUGAAGACGCUUCACCAGACAGCGAGGACCUGCUCCUUCCUCGGGAAGCCAGUCACGGCAGUAAUCCACGGCCCAAAACCGGGCACUCGCAAGCUGUUCAGAAACAGGAAGGCAGCCCGGCGGGAUCAGCUGCUGGCAGUAUGGGCAGCGACGCGCAGACACCCCAGAUUUUCCCUUGGAUGAGAAAACUGCACAUUAGCCAUGAUAUGACGGGCCCGGACGGGAAACGGGCGCGGACAGCGUACACCCGCUAUCAGACUCUGGAACUGGAGAAGGAAUUCCACUUCAACCGGUACCUAACGCGGCGGCGGCGCAUCGAGAUUGCUCACGCACUCUGUCUCACAGAACGACAGAUCAAGAUCUGGUUUCAGAACCGGAGGAUGAAGUGGAAGAAGGAUAACAAGCUGAAAAGCAUGACUUUGGCCGCGGCUGGCAGCGCCUUCCAACCGUAGGAGUAAAAUCCCUUUCAAAGAACCUGGUCGUUCAGCUCGAUGACUUGUUAUCUAAGACUGGAGGGAGGGAGGCAAACAGGACAGACAGCGCAAAGAAAUAAUAAAAACCAAAAAGAACAUCAACAUAGAAACUAAAGAAGAAGGCCUACGGGACUGGAGAAAAACCAGAGCAAUGAAGAAAAUAGUCCAGGAUAAACCGAGACGUCAACUUUUGAUUUAUAAAACAAUGUAUGUUCUCAGAUUAGAAGCUGUAUACAGUACAGCAGUGCAGCACUUUUCAUUCGAUGACUAUAGCGGUGUUUCAGGGCCACAGAGGAAUAAUGACUGGUACUCUAAUGAACUGACAGCCAACACAC